GUGUGGCGGAGAAAGAUAUAAGUGGGUAUGGAUUGAUCGAUGCCACCAUCARAUGUCCAGAUCCCCACCCACCAAUUUUCUUUUCGACGUUAACAAAGAACAGAAAACCUCACUCAUCAAUGUGCAUUGACGCCGAUCUCUUUGAAUGUUGAAGGUUUGACACUAUGGAAAUUUUUGUCUAGACUGUUAAAAAGUCCGAUACUUUGCAGAAUUUAUAUUUUAUAAUAUACUCUGAGAGAGAACGGGACAAAGAGAAGAGAAAAUAAUGGAGGUCAGGGCUCGAGCUCCCGGAAAAAUUAUACUUUCCGGCGAACACGCCGUUGUCCAUGGAUCAACUGCCGUGGCCGCUUCUAUCAAUCUUUACACUCAAGUUUCUCUUCGGAUUGCUGGUGAUUCUGAGAGUGGUGACAGAUUACUAAAACUUCAGCUCAAGGAUGUUGGAUUAGAAUUUUCUUGGCCAACUGGAAGAGUCAGAGAAGCACUUCCUGAGUUGAGUACUCCUUCUGCCUCAUCACCAACAACAUGCUCACCAGAAUUCAUGAAAUCAAUUGCUGCUCUUGUCGAGGAACAGAAUAUUCCAGAGGCAAAUGGAGGGCUAGCUGCUGGAGUUUCAGCUUUCCUUUGGCUAUAUGCCUCAAUCCAGGGUUGUAAGCCUGCAACAGUCGUUGUCACUUCUGAUCUUCCUCUCGGUGCGGGUUUGGGUUCAUCUGCUGCUUUCUGCGUCGCACUUUCUGGUGCUUUUCUUGCACUGUCAGAUGCUGUCAGUUGGAAUGUGGAUCUCAACCACCCAGCAUGGUUAUCAUUUGGUGAGAAUGAUCUUGAAUUGAUAAACAGAUGGGCUUUUGAAGGUGAAAAGAUAAUUCAUGGCAAGCCAUCUGGAGUUGACAACACAGUAAGCACAUUUGGCAACAUGAUCAUGUUCAAGUCGGGCAAUUUGACUCGCAUCAAACCCAAUGUGCCUUUGAGAAUGCUCAUUACUAACACAAGGGUUGGGAGGAAUACCAAGGCACUUGUUGCUGGUGUGUCAGAGAGGACCCUCAGGCACCCAGAUGCCAUGACUUAUGUGUUUAAUGCUAUUGAUUCUAUCAGCAAGGAAUUAUCUUCAAUUAUCCAGUUACCUGCCCCCAGUGAAGUGGCUGUGACUGAGAAGGAAGCAAAGCUAGAAGAGUUGAUGGAAAUGAAUCAGGGAAUGCUCCAAUGCAUAGGGGUCAGCCACACAUCCAUAGAGGCUGUGCUUCAAACAACUUUGAAGUACAAGUUAACUUCCAAGUUGACAGGGGCUGGGGGUGGAGGUUGCGUUCUGACAUUGUUACCAUCGCUGCUAGCAGGAAAUGUUGUGGAUAAAGUCAUUGCUGAGCUAGAAUCAUGCGGAUUCCAAUGCCUGAUUGCUGGAAUUGGUGGAAAUGGUGUUGAAGUCUGUUUCAACAGUCGUCCUGACUUUUUCUGAGGACUGGUACUAGAUCAAAGUAAGAUUUAUGAUGAACAUCAAAUAAUGAAACAUUGUUUGUGCUUUCUAUAUCUAUUUUUGUUUUUAUUAUUUGUAUUUUUUUUUUGAAAGGUGAAAUAGUAUUGUGUUGAUGUAUAAAGGGAGGGGGAAAGCCCCACCCAAAAUCCGAUGAUCUGUACGUCUAGCUAGCAUAAAUUACAAAAUCAUUAUCCACAAUAAUUUAAUACGAUCGAUUUCAGA